AUGGAGUCUUCCCUUGGGAAUCUAGAGGCCAAUCGACCCGGCAGUGGCAGUCCGAAGCCUCUCCCCGGCAAGUUGAACGCGUGGGUGGAUGGCAAGCUGCCCGAGGCCGUGGAUGAUGGCGACCAGCAGAUCAUCGAGGCCGGUGAAGCCAAGUACCACCGCCUCGGCUGGAAGGGUCUCACCAUCAUGCUGAUUGUGGAGGCCAUCGGUCUGGGGGCGCUAUCCAUUCCUUCCGCCUUUGCAGCCCUCGGCAUGGUGGCCGGCGUGAUCUGCUGCGUGGGCAUCGGCUUGAUUGCUAUCUACACCUCGUACGUGAUUGGACAGGUCAAGCUCGCCUUCCCGGCGGUCCGCGAUUAUGGCGAUGCCGGGGCCUUGCUGAUGGGCUCCUGGGGGCGCGAGCUCUUCACGGCCAUGUUGAUCCUGCAGCUGAUUUUCCUCACGGGCUCCAAUUGCUUGACUGGUACCAUCGCCUUGCGUCAUAUCUCCGACAGUGGCAUCUGCUCCGUCGUCUGGAGUGUGGUGUCCGCCAUUAUUCUCCUCUUGCUGUCGAUUCCGUCUUCUUUUGCCGAUAUGGCGUGGCUGGGCUACUUGGAUUUCGUGUCCAUCGUGGCGGCCAUUGGUAUCACCAUCAUUGCUACCGGCGUUCGGGGGACCGAUUCCCCGGGUGGUUUGGCCGCCGUGGACUGGUCGGCCUGGCCCCAGGGUGAUCCGACCUUUUCGGAUGGAUUCAUUGCCAUUAGCAACAUCGUCUUUGCGUAUACCUUUGCCAGCUGUCUCUUUUCGUUCAUGGAUGAGAUGCACACUCCGAAGGACUUUACCAAGUCGAUCUGGUCGCUGGGGAUUCUCCAGAUCGUGAUCUACACCAUCACGGGCGCGACCAUCUACGCCUUUGUUGGUAUGGAUGUCCAAUCACCGGCCCUGCUGUCCGCCGGCAACCUCGUCAGCAAGAUCGCGUUCGGCAUCGCCCUCCCAGUGAUUUUCAUCUCCGGCGCCAUCUGCACCAUCGUGGCGGGUCGAUUGAUCCACGGCCGGAUCUACGCCAACAGCGUGACGCGUUAUAUCAACACGCCGAAGGGAUGGAUUACCUGGUUGAUUGUGAUUACCGUGUUGACGAUCAUCUCGUGGGUCAUCGCAGAGGCCAUUCCUUUCUUUGACGAUCUGCUGUCGAUCACGUCGGCACUCUUCACCUCGGGGUUCUCGUUCUACCUUCCCCCUGUGCUCUGGUAUGUCCUCAUCCGCAAGGGCAAGUGGUAUUCCCGGGAGAACCUCGUGACCAGCCUGGUGAACCUGUUUGUGUUCAUCUUCGGUCUGGUGGUCCUGGUGGGUGGUCUUUAUUCCAGUAUCCAGGAUAUCAAAAACAACUACGCCGACGGCGAUGUCCACAGUCCAUUCACCUGCGGUGACGUUGAUUAA